AUGGCGCCUUCGGGCCUUUGGACCGAGGAUGUUGCUCCGCCCAAGAAGAAGAUUGCCGCAGCGAUCUCGACCUGGAGAAUUUUUUGGGAUUCGAAAGCAGUAUGUCGAAAGUAUCUGCUGAUCUUGGUCUACAUCUUGUCCGACGCCGUACGGAACCUGACCCUGGCGAAGGCCUUGAGCUCCACGGUGAUCAAUCCCAGCUCCAUCACUUUGAUCGUGUACAUCAUCGGUGUCGUGGUGGCGUCAGCGCUCACAUUGUAUGUGGAAGGCAUUGGGGGCUUUUGGAUGGCAUGGCACCCCAAGAAGAUCUUGAAGUGCUCUCCACCGGGGUUUUUGUACGUGCUGACUGCCACGCUGAUGAACAUGGCAUAUUCGCAAGGCAUGAACGCGGCUCUAGCGCUGAUCAUUGGGAAACUUUAUACACCUGUGGCAGCCAUUGGUGCGCGCUGGGUCCUCAACAAAUACUACAUGUGGCUGGAGUAUGUGGCCAUUGCAAUCCUGACACUCGCUAGCAUGAUCUUCGGCUAUCUUCAGGCAUUCAGCCCUGGGUCAAGCCCAGCAUGGGCUGAGGAUGUGAAUUCACUUCGCGUGGCAAUACUGCUAGUUUUAGGCUCUGCAGUGGCUUCGGCCUUCAACUCACUGUUGACGGAGCGAAUCCUGAAAGGCGACAAGGCUCGUUAUCACGUGCAAAAGGUGCGCCUGGACGCGUCGUGCAUCGUUAGUGCCUUAGCCUUUAUUCCCAUCAUUGCGGUGAUCUCUCAACGCGCACAGGACAAUCCCUGGGCCGUGCGACCCAUCGGUGUGGGGCCAAGUUGGGGAUCAGGCUGGCAGAUAAAAAUUCGAUCAGAGACCUGCCGCUUUUUCCGCGUUACGGAGAAGAUCAGCGAGUCGCGACCAUUUGUUCAGAUCGAAGUUCCAACUUUGGGUUGA